AUGAUGUCCACUCGCCUUGAAGGGCUUGCCGCCGUUUGCGAAGCCGGAAAUGUUUCUCUUUUCCCCGAGGACUCAGUAGAUGCAGCCGUCGAUGCCGUUGUCAAAGAGGCCGUGGCUCAUAUCAGCGGAAAAAAGGCCGAGCCUCUCGACAUUGACGCCAACAACCCAUCCGAGCAUAAUCUGGCACACCUCGCUGCCGUACGUCAGAAGACCACCCAGGCCAGCACGGAGCAACGCGUCCAGGCGGCGUGGCAGGAUGUCAUCGGCACCGUGGUCGCCGUCAUGGCCGCCGCCGCCAGCCAGUCCGUGGCCCAGAGUCUCUUCCCCGGCGCCACCAAGGCCAAGACGUCCGAGUCCGAGACCGCUCUGAUGAGCGGAGGUGGUGGCGCCUUUCUUCGUUUCGGGCUCGCAAACACCCUGCAGCCCAGCAUCCAGAAGCUCGUGCGGACCGUCGUCGAGGGCGUUUUCGGACGCUCCUCCGACAGCCUCGACGUUGCCGAGAACGUCUAUCGCAGCGUGAAGAAGGCAUCCGAGGGCGUUGUGAAGAGCCGCUCCAGGAAUAUCCAGAAGGCCGUCGCGAACGUCGACGAGAUGUUCGAGUACGGGGUGCGGGCGCUGCGUGCCGGGCUCACCACCGAGGACGCGACGACCGUCCUGGACCUGUACUUCCUCCUCAAGGUCCGCCAGGGCGUGCUGCUCGGGCAGCCCCAAAAGUGUCAGAACUACUACGAGACGUACAUUGCCGAGGAAUUUCAGACGCUGAUGGACCGAGAGCCCGAGGUGGCAAAGCUGCCCCUCCAGGCGAUGCGCAACCAGAUCAUCGCGUCGUCCAUCCGGGGCAAGGGGAAUAUCGACCGUCUGCAGAUGGCGUUCUACGGCGCGUCGGGGACGGGCAAAUCGAGUCUGGCCGAGGCUCUGAUCCGGUGCUUCCAGGCCCCGAACGUGUACGUCGACUGCGAGCAGCUCGCGCCGAGCGACAUCCGGGGAGUGAGCAGCGCGGCGAGCACGAGCGUGGUCAAGAUUCCUGGCAUGGCCGACGAGAUGGACAUACAGGGCAAGAUCAUCGACCCUCUCCGUCGGCAGGGCAAGAAGAACGCCUUUCUUAUCCUCGACGAGUUCUCGGCCGGCGAGCUCCGGGCGGACUUCGUCCAGGAGCGCGUGUUCCGUCUGUUCUUCGACCAGGACCGCCAGGUUGGCAAACACAAGGCCCUCGAGCAGCUCGACCAGGUCGUCAUCAUCAUCAUCACCAAUGACGACCCCGGCGACUUUAGCCAGGCCAUGCGCGGCCGCUUCGUGUGGGUCGUGAAGCCGGCCCUGCCCAAGGAUAGCAUCCGGGACGCGUACCAGAACGUCCUGGACAAGACCCUCUCGCAGGUGCGCAGGGUGCUCAUGCCGGGCGACGACGACGAUGACGAUGACGACGGAGACGACGCGCCCGAGGAUCGCGCCCCCGUGCCACAGCGCACGCUGGACCCCGUCGUGGCGGUGCAGACGAUGGCGGCGGCGGUCGACGAGGUCCGCAAGUACGAGGCGACGAUGGUCGAGGCCAACACGAGCGCGGGCGCGCGAGACAUUAUCAAGGCCACCAACUGGCUCAUCAACUACAUCUGGGUGGAGAAGCUGCUCGCGGGGGACGCCGCCUACCAGGUCCCCGAAGACCAGAUCCGCGGGAACCUAAAGAUCUUCUUCGAGCUCACAAACGAGGAGGAGGACGACACGAAGACGGGAGAGGACGGUCGAGAGCAGAGCGAAGUGGGGAGCGAAGAGCACAGCGAAGAGAAAGGCGGGGCAGCGCUAUAG